AUGACAUUAUCAAAAAGAAAAUCUCAUUCAAAUAGCCAAAAUUGUAGUGGAAAGGGAAUUUUUAUCAAUAAAAAUAAGCAAGCUCGUUAUAAUCAAGAUGAUGAUUAUGCUCCAGAAGAAUAUUCUUCUGAUAGUUCUGAAAUUGCUGAUGAAUUUAUAGGAGCUC